ACGAACGAACCCCAAAUAAAAUUGCAUAUACAUAGGGCGUAUUGUAUAAUAAUGCCAAAUAAACGCUGUAUGAAUUCGAUAUUGUAGACUUAUUCGUUGCUUAGUUGCAGGUUGAUCAAACAAAUAGUUGAAUAACAGACGUGAUGAGUGAAGAAUUUGGUGAAUCUGGUCUUUAUAUCGAUGAUCUUUAUACUCUCCGUGUUAUUGAUCCCGAAGUGUCACAUGAAACAAAUGUGCUGAAAGAAGAAUCUGAAAAAUUCACGGAUAAGCUUGAUGAAUUCCGGCAAAUUACAGAAGAUUUAGUGAGCAUUGUUGAAAGUUUUUCUGCCGAAGUCGACCAGGAAAAGAUGCGUGCUAUAGGAGUACAAAAUCUUUUGAAAACUUUUUCCAAGAAAAGGGAGUCGGAACAACAACAGAUACAGAGUGAAAUUGUUGAAAAAAUGAUUGAACUAGAUAAGCUGAAAAUAGAGUAUCAGUACUUACAACGAAUCGAAUCUGAACAACAGGAAAUAAUUGAUAACUUUUAUCAAAAUCAAUGAUUAUCAAAUAAAUAAAUUUUGUAAA